AUGGUUUCGGACGUACUAAAAUCAUCUACCCCGCAGAUCAGGGUCACAGCGUCAGUUUCGAAGGUCAGCACUGCACCACCAAAGGAUUCUCCUAGCAGUAUCGUCAAACCAGUUGCGAAAACAGGGCAGUAUGUGUUUUCGAAGUUCAAGUUCUUUCUCGAAGGCUACGACAAAAUCUUGCAGAAAUUUCCCGUGGCGUACCGGCUACAUCAAGUGUUUGUUGUUGGUACGAAGGACCUGUACCAGGAUGUACGAACCUACAUGAAGAUAUCGCAAGACUUGAGAAGCGGGAAGUCCGCGAGAGAACUUACCAGGAGAGAACUUGAACUCUAUUACUGGGUACCGCGGGACAUACUCAAGAUGGCACCCAUAUUGGCGAUCAUAUCGCUGCCCGGAACAAACUUCGUCAUGUUCCCUCUUAUCUACCUUUUUCCAAGACGCCUGCUUACCUGGCAGUUCUGGAGCCUAGAGCAACGCAUUGACUUCUCUGUUGAACUGCAUAAAAAAAAGGUGCACAACUAUCGCAGUGUCUUUCGACACCUUCAAGCCAAUGUUCCCAAAGGGGAAGAAGGGGAAAAGCUUCUCAGCGUGUUUCACAAGCUAGGAAGUGGCACGCAUCCAACGGUAGCUGAAAUCCUUGACGUCAAGCAGUACUUUUCGUCCAAGCCUCUUCGCUUGUCAAGUCUAAGCAGAAACCACUUGGUGGCACUGUGCAGGAUUCAUGGAAAGAGUACAUUCUUUCUUGGACGGAAGCGCCGUCUAUGGAAGCAUGGUGGAUUCGUACGUGAGAUGGAUCUGGCUAUGGCACGUGAAGGGCUUGGUCAAAUGGACUUGUCUGAGCUGCGAUGGGCGUGCUUCCUCCGAGGCUUUAACCCAAUGGGCUUGAGCAAACGAGAUAUGGUGCACUAUCUGCAAGACUGGAUAAACAUCUCUUCAAGCAUAGACGGUGACUCUGUCUCCUUGCUGCUGCAUUGCCCCAUAUUGUUGGCUUACAAUGCGCCGAGCAAUUGCUUUCGAUAA